CUAGAUGGGUUGUGCCGAUCAGAGUAGACAAGUUACCUGUGUAGAAUAUUGUUUGGGUUUACGAGCCAUAAGGUUGUUGAAUUAAAAUGGUUAAUAUGAAAACUGGUUACUAUGAUUGGUUGUUUUAAGACUGAGAAACGUUUCAGUAGAGUUAAACUAAUUACCUAAAACUACUGACUGCGAGGACCGCGUAGCUUGAAGUUAUCAGGGACGUCCGGUUUACACCAUUGGGAUGACGUAUGGUGAGAUCGUCAGUUCACGGCCCUAGCCUAAUGCUUGAAAACACCGUGAGACUCUAAAAUCCAGAGCUUGCAGAUAACAACCCUCAGGCAGCGGAUGGAAGCCCAUCGUACCAAAAUGAACGGUCAACAAGGCCCAAAACCAGGAAUCUGGUGUUGCGAAAACUGCAGGUGGAGGAACCAGCCAUUUUUGAGACAGUGUCAGAAAUGCAACGUUUUUAAGAGUGAUCACAUGAGAAGAGUGCCUUUUGCUGGUAAUACAAGAACUGGCCAGAGGAGACAGCGAUCCAAGACUCCUUGCUCACAGAGGAGAGAACCAGUAACCACAGCGGGCCAUCCUAAAGGAGCUAGAUUUAAAAAUGUAAGGGGUUCCCAGAGUUUCCAUGAUCUAAGUGCCACCGCGAACAGGACUGAUAAUACGCACACAAAUUCCAAGCAGACGUUUCAGAGGAGAAAACGGGAAAAUCCUAUUGGCGUUAAAGCUCUUGAAAAGUUGCUGGAGCAACACCCAGAAGAAAUAGUAAUGCAGUUGCAAGUAGAGAGUUCAGGAUUUGAACUGAUGCUUAAUAACCCAGAUGAUAUAAACAUUAGCAAGAUGUGCCUAGUGAUGCAGGUAUUGGCCAAGGCAACGGAAACAAAGUCGAAUACAGAAUCCUUGAAUGUACUGCUGACUGAGGUUUUCAAGACUACAUUUACAAAUUUUUUGAUGAGGUUUACAAUAAAAAUUACUUUGGAGAGUGUUGAAGUGUGUCACUUACGUUGCUACUUUGAAAACCUAUGGGUGGUUUUAGAUAAGUUUUGCCAUGUAAUGACAAAUCUAGCUAUCAAUCAAAUCUUGUUAUUAAUUGGAAGUUGCCUCAUGGCAAUGCAACAAGUGUCGAAUUCCCUACCUCAAGAACUUCUCAAAAAGUAUGAAGACUCUAAGACCUACCUUGAGGCAGAAAAGAAAAAUUGGCAGACCCAGUGUCAAGAAGCUUCCAGAGGGCAUCGCAGAAGAUGGCAAGAUGACCUUCAACCGCCGGAAAACUUCAGAAAAUUGCCAAUUGUGCCAACGGCCAUAGAACUCAAUGACACUGAUGUACCAUUUCUGAGAAGAAAUAUAAUACAUGGGAAAUACGAAGAUGCUGAACAUUAUUUAGAUGUACAGUUCCGGUUACUAAGGGAAGAUUUUGUGAGGCCAUUAAGAAAUGGUGUCCAAGAAAUUAAGAAAAAUGAACGAUCAAAUAAUAGAGAUCUUUAUGUGUACAGGAAUGUUCAAUUACUAGGUACUGACAUCAAAAACUUCAAGUUGAUUCACCUUGUCAAACUCACAUUGCCUGGAAAACUUCAAGUCGAGAAUUCCAAAAGACUUAUGUUUGGUAAUCUUGUCUGCCUUACUAGCAAUAACUUUAAGACUAUUUUAUUUGGAUCUGUUGCUGAGAGGAGUCCUGAAAUGUUGAAGAAAGGCAUGUUGGGCAUAAAAAUUGAAGAUCAAGUUGGAAAUAUAAUGGGGAAAACAUUUACUAUGGUUGAAUCCAGAUCGUACUUUACAGCUUAUAAACACGUACUUCUUGCACUUCAGGGGAUUACAGAAGAUACCUUCCCCCUGGAAAGUUUCAUAGUGGGUGUUGAUAAUGAUAUGGUUCCUCCAGACUAUGUAACUCCUGAAACUAGAUAUGAUUUGCGUGUUAUACGCAGACGAGAUAUGAUGAAGACCUCUGAAGUUUACAGCAUGUUAUUUACACCAAGAAAAUACUCUCCUGCACCAGCAGCCCAAGAAGUGCCUGCUCUGCAAAAUGUGAAUAUAACAAGAGAGCUCAAUUACUGGCCAUCAUGUGAUGAUUUGAGAGUUGAUGAAUCACAGCGCAGAGCUUUAAGGAGAGCCCUUACAAGCAAACUUGCUAUCAUACAAGGUCCACCAGGAACUGGAAAAACUUUCAUAGGUCUUAAAAUAGCUCAGGUUUUGCUCCAUAAUAGUGAGCACUGGAAAACAGAGGGGAAAAAGGCACCCAUAUUAGUAGUGUGCUUUACUAACCAUGCACUUGACCAGUUUCUAGAGGGAAUGAUACCAUUCACAAAGAGCAUAGUUAGAAUUGGAGCAAGAACUAAGAGUGAAAUCAUUAAGGACUUUCAGAUUAACAGCCUAGUAAAAGAUAUUCGAUCUAGACGAAUAAUGCCAAAGUAUUUCCGCGAAAAUUCUGGUGAAAUUAUAAGACAUCUGAUACAACAAGAGUCAGAAGUCAGAACAAUGCAAAGCAAUUUGCAGGCACUCAGAAAUCCAUCUGGAAUUCUGAAUUUAGGUGAACUGAUAAAGUAUGGCAUUAUCCCUGAAAAAGUUGUUCAUCAGUUUCAAAAGCAAAACUUAGAUUUGACCAUGUAUCUGCUUGAUCCACGUUUCAUUAAUGGGAUUGAUCCCAUGUUAUCCAACACAACCCGUCCUACUAAGGCAGAAGAAGAAAAGUCCACUGACCUAGAGUCGGAAAAUGGAGAUGUUUGGUAUGAUGCAAUAGAUCUUUAUGCUGAAGAAGAAGAUGGAAGGAAGUUGGAUGAUGACUUUGACAUGGAAACCAAAGGUCUGAAUUGUAGCAGCUCCCUUAGGCACAGUGUAACCCUUCAGGGACUGGAAGCCUCCAUAAGGGAUUACAAGAACUUGAUGGAAAGAGAGGAUGUAAGUGAAAGGGAAAUUGUAAUGUAUAAACAGGAAAUUCACAAGCGAAUGGUUAGUCUCGAACUGCUUACUUAUGGGUUGGAGGUCCCAUUGGAUGAUCAAAGAGCUAAAACUCUUGAAAAAUAUAGCAUAUCAUCACUGCAUUUUUAUGAUCGCUGGUGUCUGUAUAGAUUAUGGAUUGAUAAACUAGCUGAAAAAUUUCUCAAGGAUCUACAAAGAAAAGAACGUAAAUUUGAGCAGUCUGGUGCAGUGUAUAGUGAAGUAAAAGAUCAAGAGUAUUUGUAUGUGAUGCGUCAUGCUGCUGUGGUUGGAAUGACAACGACAGGUGCUGCACAGUACUCUAGUAUACUUAAGGCACUGCAGCCUUCUGUAGGUAAGUCUUCCUAAUUUUGCUUAUACAUAUUAUGACUGAAUAUAUAUAUUUGUAGAUCAGAAAUGUAAUUCUAAUGAUUCCAUGUUGUGGAGGUAUGACAUCCAUGAAGUGCUACUACCCAGUAUCAUCAUUCAUUAAUUUACUUUUAUUAGUAGAUAUGUAGUAUACGCACAUUAAUUGCGAAGAAUCAGUGAAACUUUAAAUCAUGGUCAUAUACGAUACAUUUGAAUCCUCAUAAAAAUUUGUAAUGCGUAGCAUGUAGGGUAAAUUAAGUGCAGUUCAUAAUUAAUAUGUACAUAAUGUAUUUUGCCUUACUUGUUCAUCCUUCAACAGAAAUAUUUCACAACUGGAAAAAUAUUUACCAAAGCAAUGAUGUGUUGAGAGAUUUGCUUUAUUACAAAAUCACAACCAAUAAAGCCAGGCAACAUGCAUUAAAAGAGGCUUCAAAGUAUAAUACAGAAGUAGAAAUGUACAUUACUACUAUAUUGGCCAAAUGCCUGGGACUAGAAUACUACUGAAAUGUACUUAAUUUUUUCUGUAGAAAAUAUUUCUGUUGAAAGGAUCUUUGGGAUUAACAUGUCAGUGGACAAAGGACACUUUUUCAGUUAUUAAUUUGUUUUCAUCAGUUUAUUUUAGUAAUCCAUAACCCAUUAGGAAUUCAUGUUCAUGAAUUAAAUUUGCUACAUGACUGUUUUCAACUUAAAUUGCAGUGUCAUAUUUUUUUGUUAUGUUAACCAAUUACUCUGUUUAGAAAAAAACGUCGGGGAAGUCAAAUCUGUCUUGGACAUAUCUCUAUUAACAAAUUAAAAUUUAAGGAGUUGCAUUGUGAUAUAAUUGUAGGGAUCAGCUGUGAGGAACUAGCUUUACCGGGGAUACCAUGCACCCAAUUAUGUAACUUAUGCCAAGCCUUAGCUAUCUUGGGAAGAUGGUUAAGAAGUGUACUGUUGACACCCUGAAGCUGGUGUACUACUCUGCCUUCUGAUGAAUACAGUACUAAACCAAUUUGAUGGAGCUGUAAACUGGCAUUUUAAAGUUGACAUUUUGUAUGGUUUUGCCUGGAGGAGUUGAAAGUCUACGGACUGAUAGGAAGUGCAGAAGCAGCAGGCAUUUUCUUCAAAUCCUCCCCUGAAGGAGUCGGGCCUAACCAUUGUAAAGACAUUGUCCAGGCAAACCAUAAAGAUGCUAGGCCAGGUAAUGUACCUUGGCAGCAACCAACAAAAGUUACUUCUUGGAAAGCAGGUGACUCAGAGUAUAAUGUGCUCACUCUCAUGUGUGUCGAAGCAGGGGACAGAAAUUGAGACAAACUCUAUUGCCUUUAUGUAGAAGGAAUCCAGUCAUAAAAUACUACCCUGACCAAGAUCUAUUUUAGGUUUCCAUCCUCCCAAGGACUUCGGGGUAAGCAAAACCUGACUGUAGAAUUUUGUGAUCUGGAAGAAUCUCCUGCACCCUGGGUAAGGAAGAGGUGACUGUAAAAUCCAGGUGACUGGAAGAAUCUUGAUGGUACCCUUUUGUAGCAUGAAGUCUGCCUUUUGUUAAGAACUUCUCUGUUCAGUGGGUUGGGGUUCACUGAAGAUUUACAAAUGAUAACCAUAGCAGAGAACUUAGUAGUACAGUAGUCUGAAUCUGGGAAGCAGAGUAAUGCUCAUGUUGCAGAUACAGACAGGAUAUUGUAAGGGCAUAUGCACAUGACGACUGGGAAGGGGACAGGGUCCAUGGAAUUGGUGAUCAGCAGUGAGCAAAGUUCUGCUCAAAAAAGAUGGCCUGAACUAUCCUGCAAGGUCACUUCUUUCGUUAUAACAUGCAUCGACAAGUAUCCCAGUAAAGAAUAUAAGCAUCGACAAGUAUCCCAGUAAAGAAUAUAAACACAGAACGGUGGCCAAGGAUAACAACAAACCAGUGAGCUGUAGUUACAAUUCAGCAGAGGGUGAAUCACCUCGUAAGUUCCAGUGGGCCAAGUGCUCGUUGCAGUAAUGUCCACGAUAAAACAAGAUUUCGUGGGCGAAUUUAGUGGUACUGAUUUCUGUAAAGGUCACAUAUCUCUAUUGAAAUUCUUUACCAGCAUCCAGUAAGUAGCAGGCAGGUCAGGUAAAAGUUCUUUGUACAAGAUGAUUAAAAAACAUCAGGCCAGUAAUGUAUGUAGAUGAGAAAUACUUUAUUUUUAUUUUUUUUCCUCAAAACUUGAGGAAAAGAAUAAUAGAC